AUGGCUGACGAGAAUGCCGACAGCGCACUGGCUGCCUUGCGGGACGUCUUGGGCCACACAUUGGACGAUGCGGAGCUGAAGAAGCUCCUACACAGAGCUGGUAGCGACGUUGGUGUCGCACUGAACCUGCACUACGAUCAGGCCACAGCAGCGGCAGGAACCAACCUGUCUCAGAAGAGACCAGCACCGUCGGUGCCCGGCUUCUUCGAGACCAGAAAGAAGUACGCAAAGUCUGACGACUCGAUAGCCAUUGACGUGAAGGAUGCGAACUCCGAGUUGAAGCAUGCGGGCAACAUCGGCUCGUUGCAGGAAAAGCCGGCCACGGCUUCAUCUGCGAGCUCUGGGACCCCUCUGGCAGAGCGCAUGCGCCCGAAGGGAAUCCAGGAGCUCCUGGGCCAAGAGGAUGCUUUGGGAUCUGUCUUGCGCCAGGCUGUGCAGGAAGAUCACUUGCCUUCCUUGAUCCUCUGGGGCCCGCCUGGCUGUGGCAAAACCUCCUUUGCGCACUGCGUGGCAGCAGGAACCAAACGAGCAUUUCGGUCUUUGUCUGCUGCAAAGGCUGGUGUUGCAGAGCUGCGUGAGGAACUGAACAGAGCUGCUGGCACCUUGAAGUUGCGCAAGCUGGGAACCAUACUCUUUGUGGACGAGUUCCAUCGCUGGUCGAAAGCACAGCAGGAUGCUCUGCUCUUGGAUUGCGAGAAAGGAACCAUUACGCUGAUUGCUGCCACCACUGAAAAUCCGUCCUUCUCGAUCAACAAUGCAAUUCUGUCUCGUUGUCGCUUAGUGGUUUUCGGGAAGCUGUCACCGGAGGCUGUGGGACAUGUCAUUGAUCGGGCAAUGCGUGAAGAUGUUGUGCUAGGGGGCACCACGCUCGCCUGUGAUGCCCGCCAACUUCUGGCCACUGCAGCGGACGGUGAUGCCCGCGUAGCGCUGAACUCGCUGGAGCUUGCGGCUCACCUGACAAAGCCAGGCUCACCCAUCGAUUCCAAGGCUGUUCAAGCAGCCAUCCAGAAGCGUGCGCUUUAUGAUCGCAACGGCGAUUUUCAUUACGAUCUGAUAAGUGCUCUGCACAAGAGCAUGAGAGGUGGGUGUCCAGAUGCUUCGCUGUAUUAUGCCACACGAAUGCUGACCGCAGGCGAGGAACCACGCUACAUUACACGCCGGCUCAUUCGCUUUGCAUCUGAAGACGUGGGUUUGGCAGAUCCCUUGGCUCUGAAUCAAGCGGUCGCAGCCGAUCAGGCAGUUCAUGCCAUUGGAAUGCCUGAAGCUGGAGUUGUGAUUGCACAGUGUGUGAUAUACCUGGCACUUGCGCCGAAAAGCUGUGCGGUCUACAAUGCCUAUGAAACCGUCAAAAAAUUGUGUGAGAGGGAGCCUCAUGCGCCAGUUCCGCUGCACAUCCGCAAUGCACCAACGAAGAUGAUGAAGACACUGGGCUACGGUGACGGCUAUGUGUACAACCCAUCAGCAGGAUACACACGAGGCUGCAACCAAGGAUAUCUCCCAGAGGCGAUUGGAGACAAAGAGUUUUUCAACAAGAAGGAUUGCGAGCCGGGGUUCCAUCUUCGCUUCUGCGAGUCUGAGCCGAAAGCACAUGAGCAAAAAAGCGAAGUUCUUUGUUUCAUGCCCUGCGUUGCAGGGUACAGGCCAGAGCCAGAGGAGAUGCUUAGCCCGUUGACGGUCCAUGGCAUGGAGUUGAAUUUGCUUGGAGCAGUAGCUGGCGUCUGCAUCGGCCAAAUGGCAGUGGAACUGCGUCAGGUGCUGCAUAGCAUCGCUUCAGCUGCAGUGGCACUGCUGCCAGCUUCUUGCCAUGCUUCGACCAUGAUGGACCGAACUGCUCCCCUUGCAGCCAUGUGCUUUCACAUGUCCUCUUGUGCAGUCAUGUCUCCAUAUGUGGUGGCCGGCCUCGAAGGGCUUCUGCGAGAGGCCCAGUUGCACAGGCACAUGCUUUUGCCAACAGUUGCAUCAUCUUUUCGACAAAGGUGUCGGUGGCUUCUGAAGCGGUUGGCUGCAGGCAGCCUGCAUGACCCCGAUGUGCCUCACCCAGAAAGAGGAGGCUUCCAUGUCGCGUGGCCUCCAGAUGGCGACAUGGAGGCUCUUGGCAGCUUCACGGCUCGGGCCGUCGAUGCAUUGGCAAAGGAAGGCUACUGUGUGAUCCAGCUUCCUUUGAGUGAAGAUGCAGCCGAAGAAGCACAAGUUGAGGUGACUUGUGGAAGGUACAGAUGGAAGCGACUCCGCAGGGAGUUCGAGCCGUCCUACUUGGGUAGACAUCAGAAGUGCAAGACGGCCUGGCUGGAAGAGAUGGUGGAAGAGAAGCAAGAGAUGGACAGUCCGAUCGACCUGCUGGACCUCUACCUUGCUCGCUUUACACAGUUUCUUUUGCCUGUUGCCCCCUUCGCGCUGGACUUCAUGCCGCACAGCCGGACAAGCGGAAUGCUGCGUGUGCCGGCCUCUUCAGAGGGCGCGGGUGUGGCUGAGAACAUCAGCGACGAAGACAUUGCAAAGGGCCUUGUCGAUGAACAUGUCGACUUCCUCAAGCGCCGAAAGUUGUGCAUGUUUCUGAUGGCACACGGCAGUGGAGGCGAGCUGUCGCUUUAUCCAAAGGAUGGCGCUCAGAUAGUUCUGCCAGCACAAGCAGGCCGCCUGGUUGUGUUUCGCCAUGACCGUAUCAGCUACGCCUAUCGGCCAGACUCUGAGGAGGACCUAGUCUUGCAAGCUUGGGUCCUGACCGCCCCGGCACAGUUCCAGUUUGGAGAAGUCGCUGGGGAUCAGAAGUCCAAAGACGAGCUCUAUGGCUUGGUUUCUGGACCCAACACCCCGGAAGGUCGGCGAAUAUGUGUCUACGGCGUUGGAAUCUCCCUUCCUGGUGCUGCCUUCGAAAAGCUGGAUGCCUACUGGUGUGCAGUGGCAUGCGGCACGGAUGGAUACGUCUACGCUCCCGUGGACAGGUUCGACAUUGAGCCUUACACGAGAACGGGCGAGGAGUGGCAGAUGGGCUACACAUACACCGUGCAUGGAGGCUUCUGCAAGGACAUCUUCUCCUUCGACAACGACUUCUUUAAUGUCCCUGAGGAGGAAGCUUGGUUGCUAGCUCCAGCGUCGCGGCAGCUGCUCGAGAGGAGCUACGAGGCUUUGUUCAAUACCGGGAUGCGGAAGAAGGAUAUCAGAGGGAAGCGGGUCGGUGUCUACAUCGGACACAGUGGCGAUGACUUUUCCGUAGAUCCCAGGUUCACCAUGGGCUCCACGGAUGGUCAUCGCUUCGGCUAUCAGGCGAGAAAGUGGUCCUGCAUAGCUGGCCGCAUCAGUUACACCUUGGGCCUCCAGGGACCACAGGCUUUGCUGGACACAGCCUGCUCAUCAGCUCUGGUGGCCUAUGGAGUUGGGCAUACUGCUUUGAGGCAGGUGACUGCAGAGCAGGCUCGUGCUGGGCAAGAUUCCGGCAUCACGGAAGCGUUAAUGGGUGGCGCAAACCUGAUUCCAGGCCCAGGGAACUACAUCAACCUUUGUGGUCCGCACAUGCUGUCCAUCAGCGGACGGUGCUUCACCUUUGACAUGUCCGCAGAUGGCUUUGAACGCGGUGAGGGUUCCUCGUGUUUUUUUGCACGUAGUGAAGAGGCAGUCACCCGUGAGGCCAUCGCAACCGUGAUUGGCGCUUGCCUGAACCAAGACGGGAGAAGCGCGAGCAUGACGGCACCAAACGGACCGUCACAGCAGGAAUGUGUGAGGGGAUCCAUGCGAGAGGCUGGGCUGACAGCCAAUCAGAUCACCUGCUCGGAGCUUCAUGGGACGGGCACGGCUUUGGGGGAUCCCAUUGAAGUCGGAGCUCUGCGAGGAGUCAUGCAGGACAGGAAGGCUCCCAUUAUGCAGACAAGUGCCAAGAGCCAUAUAGGCCAUCUUGAAGCCAAUGCUGGACAAGCUGGCAUUAUCAAGUGCAUCUUGAUGUGCAAUUCCUGUGCCGGAUCUCCGAACUGUCACUUGUACAUACUGAACCCACACUUGGAUGUUAACGGCUACCCAACCGUCUUCAACACUGAGCUCGCCGAGUAUGGCAACCAGUCUGGAUACUCAGGAGUUUCUUCGUUUGGCUUCGGUGGGGCGAAUGCCCGUGCUGAUGUCUACGCCGUGGCAAGCAGAGGUCCCAGAAAGCCGGGAAAGGUUAGUCUAGACAAAGUUGACUACGUGGUGGUGAGCUGCCCCUUUGACGAGGGCCCUAUGCACUAUGUCGAUGGGAAGGAAGUUCCAACGUCAGGCUCCAGGAUUUCCAGGAACAGAGGCAGAUAUCGCUGCGACAACAUUCGUGAUGAGUUCGACCAGUAUGAUUACAACAGCAGCCUGUACGAUGGCAAGUUCCAGAUGAGCCCAGCAGAAGAGAUGGCAGGGGAUAGGCCAGACAGUGGGAUCGGCAUUGUUGGCUCCUGGGAUGCCUUUAGGCAGAGAACGGAGAUGACUCCCAGUACAGAUGGUGACAGCUGGAGUUGUAUGGUGGUCCUAGGAGAGACUCGUGUUGAGAGAUUUCAAUUGUGCCUUAUGCAGAAUCCUGAUCUUAGCAUAUAUCCCUAUGUCAAGAAUGGCUCCAUGACCACGCGGGUUGUGGGACCGCAUGGUGAAGGCAAGGGCAAGUUCUGGAUCAUCGACGGGCGGGAUGAUGAGGUCCCUGCAGGGACUCCCUUCCGCAUCACCCUGGAGUGGGGUCUUAGACUUCGUGUGAGCUGGCAGCGUGCAGAUGCUAUGCUGACAGGAGGUUCCCUUCCUAAGCUCAUCGGAUCCAAGCCUCGUCACAGAUACUUCGUGGUUGGCUCUUGGACGUCCUGGAACUUCUUGGAGAUGCAAAGCUCGGGUGUAAAGGAGGGUGCUUUCGAAGUCACCGUUCGCAUUGGUAUGUCGCGCUCUGAGUCAUUCUAUUUCGUCCGGGAUCAAGACCAGGAGCAGGUCAUCUAUCCCGCAAAGCCCGCUCUUGAUGCGGGGGCGACUGGGAUUCCGGUCAGAGGGCCCGAUGCAUUCGGCAAUGGAAAGUGCUGGAGAAUCACCGGAAAGCAUGGAGAGUCCGUGCGCAUACGCCUUGAGAUCGUGGAUGCUCUUAUCAAGGUGAGUGUUUCAAGCUUGAUCAGACCGGACUCUGGAUGGACAGCCAGCGGGGUGACUGGUCCGGCACGCCACAGCUACUGGGUGUUGGGCAGCUUCAACAACUGGAGCCCUGAACAGAUGCUUCCAGGUGAUAGGCAGGGGACGUUCGUGAUGCGCGGAGUUGCGAAAUCUUCCAGGCAACAAGACCAGCGCUUCACAAUCAUGAUGGAUGAGGAUCCAGAUUUGGUCCUGUAUCCAGAUGCAUCAGGAAGUGUUCCGCCUGGGCUCACAAUCGUCAAAGGACCUGGCCGUGUGGAGGACGACAGAGAUUUUCUGCUGAAUUGCCUUAAAGAUGGUGCAGAGUUUGAGAUCGUCCUGGACUUCAACUCGCUAGACAAGAGGAAGGUUAUCGAUGUCCGAUGGCUCAGCGAGCCUGUAGAUGUAAGCAGCAUGCUUUGUCCUAUCACCGGCCAGUUCUUUGUGAAGCCCACGGUGCUGUACGGUGGGGUUUUCGAGCAAAGUGCGGCCAUGCGAUGGGUUGCCAACACAGGCCGCCAUCCGAUCCUGCGUGGAAUAGACUGUCGCCUUGCAGAUAUCAUUCCUGCGAAGGAUGUGGAGGACUUGUGCCAUCGACUUGCUGCUUCCAAGGGCUGGGUUCUUCAGCAACGGCCGCCUACAACGGCGUGCAAUGAGCCAUGUUGA